UAAGCCGAGCCAUAUAGUUACAGAUAUUUAACGCUUCUUUCGUAGAAGCGUCAGAAACGUCGCUCUUAUUGCCUCAUUUCUGUACUACUGAUGUGAUGCAGCCUUGGCUAUGAUCACCCUAUGAUUUUCAGCAUUUGUUUGAAAAUAUUAAUUCUGGCCAAGUUUGUAUGGGUGCAGGAAAAGGAUGCGUUUUCAGGUAUGAUAAAAAGGAUAUCAAAGAUCCAAAAGACCAAUGGUGCAACAAAAUACGUAGUUCUAAGAGAUAAUUUGGCUAUAUUCACAAGUAGAUCACCAGCGACUGGACCAGUUACUGAAGAUGAAAUUAGGGCUGUUCUACUACCUAAGACGCUAGUGACCACUAGGGAUCUUCUGGCUAAAUUCAGAUCCAGACUAAAGACGAAAGAGGAAAAGGAUGCGUUUUCAAGUAUAAUAAAAAGGAUAUCAAAGAUCCAAAAGACCAACGGUGCAACAAAUUACGUAGUUCUAAGAGAGAAUUUGGCGUAACGCCCUAACUAGAGAUUCGUUUCCAGUUUCUGAACACGAUUUUUCCAGGUUCUGUACAUGAAUUCUAAUUCUUGGUUCACUGUCAAAAACUGGUGUCCCAUUUCCAUGCUGUUUCUUUAU